AUGAGCGACCCAACAAACCCCAACAUCCAGCAGAGAACCACCCCCCAAUGGGGCCUCUACCAACGGGAAAACUUCUGGAAAGUGAACGACGGCCAGACGCCGCCGUUCAACACAGACCCCCGCAAGCUCGAAGAACAGGCGCGUGAGAAACUCAGCCAAGGCGGCUGGUACUACGCCUCGUCCAACGCCGGCAUGUCGACCACCCACCUCGCCAACCGACAAGCCUUCUACCGGCACCGCAUCAUCCCGCGCCAACUCGUCGACACCAACCAGCGCGACACGACGACGGAGAUCUUCGGCCACCGCGUCUCAGCGCCGAUCGGCUUCGCCCCCAUCGGCAUCAACGCGAUCUACCACGCCUCCGCCGAGAGCGCCGUGGCCAAAGUCGCCGGCGAGCUCAACCUCCCCUACUGCCUGUCCACCGCAGGUAGCACGCCCAUCGAGACCGUCGGCGCCGCCAACGGCGCGGGCCGCCCGCGCUUCUAUCAGCUGUACAUGCCGCACGACGACGAGCUGACGCUGUCGCUGCUGACACGGGCGUGGCGCGCCGGGUUCGAUGCGCUGAUCCUCACGACCGACACGUGGCAGCUGGGCUGGCGGCACGACGACGUCGCGCACUCCAACUACGCGUUCUACCGCGGGACGGGCGCGGACCUGGGCCUGUCGGACCCGGUGUUUCAGGCGCGGUGUCGCGAGGCGGGCAUCGACCCCGUAAAGGACCGGGUGGCCGCGGCGACGAAGUGGAUCGACUCGAUCUGGCAUGGCCGCGCGUGGUCGUGGGAGAAGAUCCCCUGGCUACGGGACCAGUGGAAGCGGAUUUCCGGCGGGCGGCCGUUUGCGAUCAAGGGCGUGCAGUCUGUGGCGGAUGCACGGAAGUGCGUCGAGUACGGGGUGGAUGGGAUCGUUGUGAGUAACCACGCGGGCCGGCAGGUGGAUGGGGCGGUGGCGAGCUUGGAUGCGCUGGAGAGUAUCGUGGAUGCGGUGGGGGAUCGUAUCUAUGUGAUGUUUGAUUCUGGGGUGAGAGGGGCGAGUGAUGUCGUCAAGGCGUUGGCUUUGGGCGCGCGGUUCGUCUUUGUUGGGAGACUCUGGGUGUGGGGGUUGAGUAUCAUGGGCGAGGAAGGGGUGCGCCAUGUGAUGCGGUCGUUGCUGGCGGAUUUUGAUAUCCUGAUGGCCGUUGGGGGUUUUACGCGCGUGGAGGAGUUUGACCGGUCCAUCUUAGAAUCGUAUCCGAAGUCGUAUACGCUUAUUCCGGACAAGGUGUUGUAG